AUGUUUUCAAACCUAAAUGCAGCUUCGCCCUACUUGGUUCUGACCCUGGGGACGCUGAGUAAACCUGUCCCUGACGACCUGAGGGAUCAUGAGGUGUACAACAACAUGCUCAUGCCCAGCAUCUUUGGUGUCAUCUGUUUCUUUGGCAUCUUUGGAAACUGUAUCGUGGUCUACAUUAUAGUGAGGAAGACCAAGCAGUGCUGCCAGCAAACAGUGCCAGACAUAUUCAUCUUCAGUUUGUCUAUUGCAGACCUCCUCUUCCUCCUUGGUAUGCCCUUCCUCAUUCACCAGCUUGUGGGUAAUGGCUCGUGGUGGUUCGGUGGCCCCAUGUGCACUGUCCUCACCGCGCUUGAUUCCAACAGCCAGAUUGUCAGCACAUACAUCCUGACUGUGAUGAGUCUGGACCGAUAUCUGGCCACGGUGCAUCCCAUCCGCUUCAAACACGUCCGAACCCCCUUCAUGGCUGCAGCUGCUGUAGCUCUGGUGUGGGUCUUCUCUCUCAUCUCCAUCACACCAGUGUGGAUAUACACAGGACUCAUGCGACUGAAGGAUGGCUCAGUGGGCUGUGCCCUCCUGCUGCCCAACCCUGCCACAGACACGUACUGGUUCACCCUCUAUCAGUUCGUCUUGGCUUUUGCCCUGCCUUUGUCCAUAAUCUGUGGAGUCUUCUUCAAGAUUCUCCAAAACAUGUCUGCGACAGUUGCGCCGCUGCCCCAGCACAGCCGGAGGCUGCGGAAGAGAAAGGUGACCUGUAUGGCUGUUGCCAUUUGCCUGGCGUUCUUCAUAUGUUGGGCUCCGUACUACAUCCUGCAGUUGGUCCAUCUGGGAGUGCAGCGGCCCAGCUUCUCUUUCCUGUAUGCCUACAACAUUGCCAUCAGCAUGGGCUAUGCCAAUAGCUGCAUUGUGAGUCUGAGGAUGGCAGCAAUCGCCUCUCAUCCGUCAUAA